AUGUAUUUGACGCAACAUCCGUGGUUGCGCGAAUUCUUGGCAGAAGAGGAGAGAAAGCAAGAAGAGAAGAGAACUGCCAAGAAGAAAAAACAGAUGGACGACAUUCGGGCGUUAUCGGCGGAUCAGGCACGGUCGGUGUUGGUUGCGCUCUGCCAUGAUGAGAGAAUUCGCAGAGAUGCCGUGUUUCUCUCUCGGAAACUGCGCAAGGCCGAAGAGGCACAGACAACGCAAGACGCUGGAUCUGGUAGCGGCUCGGCCAGGUCCGCUAUUUGCGUCCAGUGCAAUGCGGUGUUCAAUCCAACAGAAAACAACGGCCGAGAAGACUGCCAAUACCACCCAGGAUUCUUUGCUUUGCACUGGGAUGACGAUUUCUGGGCGGACGAGGAUCAGGACGAGAGGGCAAUCGAUACUGUUGAGUACCGUGAGGCGUUUCCGGAUGGCUUCAAGUGGACGUGCUGUGACCGCGUCGGCCAAGUGAGGGGUUGUUGCAAGGGACCGCACGAAGCAGACCCGUGUAAAUCGAGAAGAAAAGGGAAGUUUGGGUUUGUGGAGGGGAAUCUGAGUGAUGUGCAAGAAGUCAAGGAGCAUGAGGAAGAUGGAAAUUCCGAUGAAGAUGAGGUUGACGAGAAUGAGGAUGAUGACGACGAUGAUGAGCCAGAGGUUCAGUUUUUGGGCGAGCAGCCUUGCAAUAAGCGGAAAGCUGAAGAUGAUGGUGGUCCAGGUGCACCCAACCUGAAGAAAGCGGGCUGA